CCUCAGUCUUGCCUCCAGAGUUUUUUUCCUGGGUGUUGCCAGCCUGGAUUACAAUCUAGGAGUUUCACCGGGUGUUUGCUGAGAAGAAGGAAGAGAGAAGCCGGAUAAUAUCUGUUAACGACAACAUCUAUCAACUUUAUUAGCACCGCUUAUCAAAACCCUCUGACUUUGUUAAACGUUUACUUUACAAGCGACUCUUCAUUUCUCUGUAACCGACGUCGAGCUGCUGCAGCGAGGUUACCAUCGAGAGAGAGAGGCGUCCUGAUGCAGGCCAUUAAGUGUGUGGUGGUGGGCGACGGGGCGGUGGGUAAAACAUGCCUGCUCAUCAGCUACACUACCAAUGCCUUCCCUGGAGAGUACAUCCCCACAGUCUUUGACAACUACUCCGCCAAUGUGAUGGUCGAUGGGAAACCAGUAAACCUGGGCCUGUGGGAUACAGCCGGACAGGAGGACUACGACAGGCUCAGGCCUCUGUCCUACCCACAGACGGAUGUGUUCCUGAUUUGCUUUUCACUAGUCAGUCCAGCCUCCUUUGAAAACGUCCGUGCCAAGUGGUACCCUGAGGUGAGACACCACUGCCCGAACACGCCCAUCAUCCUGGUGGGCACCAAGCUGGAUCUGAGAGACGACAAGGACACUAUCGAAAAACUCAAGGAGAAGAAACUCACCCCCAUCACCUACCCUCAGGGCUUGGCCAUGGCUAAAGAAAUAAGUUCAGUGAAGUAUCUGGAGUGCUCCGCUUUGACGCAGCGCGGCCUUAAGACGGUGUUUGACGAAGCCAUCAGGGCGGUCCUCUGCCCCCCACCCGCCAAGAAGAAGAGGAGGAAGUGCAGAAUAUUGUAAUGGGGAGAACCACAGGGAGAAGGAAACACGGUUGCAGUCAGAACUCAGCUACUCAGAGGGAAGAAGAUGAUGGCUGGGUUCCCCAAAUAUCUAUUCACCCCCUGUGUCCUUGCUUACAUAGAAGCUCUGGUUAGAUCAGACUUCCAUCUGAAAGAACUCGACAGAUUUAAGCAGCGCCGAAGGUUUUUUUCUGUCAGAUCUGGUUUCUGUUUGCUUACAUCUGUUUAGUCCUUUCAGAUUGACUGGAAUGAAGUGCUAAGACCUCUGGGAAUAUGAGGGUGGGAGAUUUUGAUUUUGGAUCUGGGGGUUGAUUUUAAGGAGAAAGAGGGAGGAUUUUACAAAAAAAAAAAAAAAAAUCAUGGCAUUUUUCUCAGACAUUGUGAAGAAACACUACUUGAAUGUGAUUUUAUCAUGACGUUAUCGUAGAUUUAACUCUAAAAGAGGAGGAGGUCCCGCACUGCACUCUUUCCCCUACACACUACAAGAUUCCUGCUGCCUUGAUGAAAUUUUACUUUAAGAAAAAAAAUGUUUUUUUAGAAACUCUAAUUUCUCCUUUUUUUUUUAUUGUCAGUCUCUUGUCACCAGUGGUUGACGGACCGUUUUUGUUUACAUGUGUCAUCUGACUAGACUGAGGUGUUGCCAAAACUCAGUCAACGGUCAUCACUUUGUAGUCACUAAAUGAACACUAAAAACGUCUCUUUCCUUUUUAAUUUUUGUUUUAACCAUGCAGAAACAGUUUAACCCUUAAAUGACUUAAAAAGAAUUGUUGUAGCAGCUGCUAAGAUAAGUAAUAAUGACUCUCUACAAUUAACAAGCAUUUAAAACACACAGUCUCUGCUAGAUAUUUAACAGGUGAUUAUCUCGUUUUGUUCCUAAAAGCGUUUUCUAGGUGAAUCCAUUGCUCUCUUCUCGCUAUGUGUUAAAUCAACACACAGUAUUUUAUGACCGACUGUCAGGCAUGUGAAGGUGCAGUGCAGCCAGUGUUGUUGUGCUGGUUCAUUCUCAGUCUGUAAAGGUUAUAUCAUUUCAAGUUCACACUUGUUCUUGCUAAUUUCGACCACAUCUUUUACUGUUUUUUAUGAAGUCUACGAGGCCAGUGUAUUUGCACUCGUAGGAUGCAACUGGUUUUAAUGUCUUGGUUGUACAAUAUGAGCAGUAACUAUUCAGCAAAUACAUUUUAUUUUGAUAUGAGCAAUGAUCAAAUUUCAUGGGUGCUCUUAGGAACCACUGUAGAUCUGGACUAAUUUUAUCAGUGUUUCAAUGGGGCAGUGGAAGUGCACACUUGGAUUUACUUUCUUGCUAAAUGUGGUUUCAUUUUCACUUAGUAAUAUGCAUAUUUUCUUUUUUUUUAGCAAAUAAAAUCAUUGAAAAUGAA